UACUCGCUGGUAAAGCCGUGUUGUGCUGCUACAGAAAGUUGGAAAUAUCCUUUGGGCUCUUGGGGUGAUCCAGGAGUGGUCUCAUCCUGCAAAUGAUGAAUGUCGCAGUGCAGGAGCUUGAACGAUGCACAGCAUUCUACAAAAACCUGGACUGGACAGCUGAGCUGCAGGAAACCAGCAGGCAGAUACUGCUUUUCUUGGAGAACCUCAAGCAGUUUGCGAAAAGUUCUCUGAAGCGAUGCAAAGAUAAAAACUUGGAGGAGGCUUCUCAGCUCUUGGCGAGACUGAGCAGGGGAUUGUGGGAGUCAGAUCGGGACACCAUGUCACCGUUGGUGCGUUGUGUGCUCACGUGUCAGUUGGAGACCACAGCCAGCUCCAGCUUGUUCUGCCGACUUGAAAAGAUUGUUGGGAAGCUAUCCGAAUGGAACAGAAUCUUGGUCUCUGAAGAGCUGAAUAAGGUGAUGGACAGUCUGAUUGAAGAUGAAAAGCCAAUGUCUUCCGAAGUUCUCCAGACAGUAAGCCUCUUUCUUGAAGAAAGUUCACUGGGACGCCAGUACUGGAAAAACAACCUGUUGAGGCUCUUGAAAGCCGUCGCUGCAACUUUUGAUUUCGUCCUGCAAGACCAGAUCACCACUCAGGUGGAGUGGCAUUACAUCACAAUAAAGGUGUGCCUGCAUCUCUUCAAAGGGCUGUCAAAGGAACUUCAGCCACUUGUCUGGGAGGAAACAGGUCACAGUGAAAUCCUGCAAAAGAUCUUGAGGUCCCUGGUGCAUACCAUCACGGAUCAGACUUCCUGCAAAGACAACCGUCUCCUGGCUGGGACCACAGUGAGCAUGAUGGUGAAUACUGCCCCAGAAUUUACAGCAGGAGCCAGAGCAGUCUUGAAUUUUUACCUCCUAAUGGAUUUUAAUGGAUGUCCAGUUGCACAAAGAACAGGUGAACACAAAGGUGGGUGCCAGUUUGGGGCCCUUUGGAUCCCUGCUCCCGUCUGGAGGCCAGAUGGUUUGGAGAAGCUGGUGAUGACUCGUGGCUUAUUAACCUGUUGCAAGAAAGAGAUCCUGAUCUGUCUUCUGGAUGGUACCCCACAGAAGCGAUGCCUGUUGCUGGAUGUUCUGUUCCCAGCUAUUUUAGACCUGAUGGAGGAGCCCACAAGCUGCCCUUACUACUGCUUUCAAGCUUUUUCUCUGUGGCUUCAACGUCUCCGAGAAAAUUUGGACAACAUUUGGGAAGUAAAGGAGAACUUAUUGCUGGGGGACAAUUCGACACUUCUCCAAAGGCUAAGCAGGAUUGUUUGGAACAAUGCAGAGAGCCCAACAGAAGGAGUGAGUGAUUUUGUCCACAGCUCCUUUCAGAUUCUCUUAGAGAUCUACAGCCUGGAGUGUGAUCACUUUGAGGACCCAGAGAGACCUCUUUUUAGAGAGUACCUGCAAAGGGUUAUUUUCAUGCCUUGGGAAGCUAAAGCUCGGUAUUUCGCACUCAUUGCCAUCCUUCCCUACCUGGGUCCUGAAAAAGUUCUGGAGAUCUACGUCGAUCUCCCACAACAUCUCCUCAACUGCUUGUCAACCAACUGUUUGUGCCCUGUGGCUUCGGAUUUGUACAAAACUCUCCUACAGCUGCAGCGCAAAGCCUGGACCGAGGUGCAGGAUGAAGUCUCCGAGGAACAGCUGGCUCACAAGUGGGCUUGUUAUUGGUCACCGACCCUCUCUAGAGCCUUGACCUCUUCUGAUUCAUUCCUUCAAAGCAAUACCUCCAGCCACCUUCUUGGGUGGACUUUGAGACUCUUUCCUGCUUCUUACACGUUGCUUGCCACCAGAUUUGGUGGCAGAGAUGCCUCUCAGCUCCGAGCAUGGAUCUCCUUGUUGAACGUUCAGAAGACAAUUGCAGGAGACUUGCUUACAGAUGGAGAGAACCUCAAGAGACUCACCUGCUGUCUCUUCUCUAAAGAAGAAAAUGUCCGUCUGGCAGCGUUGGGCUUCCUAUGCUCAGCUCCCAGGACUAGUCAAGCCUUAUCUGAGAGGGAGAUCCAACUCCUGAAAGAAUUCUUGCCCCUGAAUUUGAGUUGUGAUUCUUCUUCUUUUCGACAACUCCUUCAGGCCCUGGUCAAGAAGGCUUUGGUGAGAAUGAGGGACAGUUCUCUUGCUCUGCUUCGGCAACAGACGGUGAUCAAGAAGGAAGGCUUGCUCGGAAAGGAUCCAGAAAGGAGUCUCCUCCAAGCUGUAGAUUUUGUGGAUUGGCUGCUGCAGCUCUGCAUGACGUCUCUGAUGUCCGGGUCCAACUACCAAAGAAGGAAAACAGCUCUCCUUCUCCUGGCAGCCAUCAUGGAGACCUUCACGGACACUUGGAGACCAGAGAGGAAGAAGGGGCAGCCUCCACGCAACAUGGCUACGUUACUAUGCUGGUCCAGAAGCACAGGCUACUGGGACUUUUUCUCUACAGGCAAUACAUUGACGUUGCUGAGCUGCUUGCAGGAUAGCACAAAUGAGAUCCGCGAGUUGGCAUCAGAGCUGCUCAUCUGCUACUUCCCACCAGCUUUCCCAGAAUCCACUGCUGUAGCUCUGUUUGAAUGGGCCCUAGAAGCCCUAAGCAGUCCCAGGGUUCAAGAUAGUGAAGCAGGAGCAGUACUGAUGAAAACCCUUCUUCACAAGCUGGAUAGACAUAUCUUGAAGCUGUUAUUGCUGGAAACAGGGGAGGAGCUCUCUGUGCCAUGCAAAUACCUCUGUUUUCUUGAAUAUUUGCUCAAUGUGCUACAGAAGCAUUUUGUCACAGCUUGUCAUGACUUAUUGCUGGCAGCUCACACUACACCAAUACAUGGGAUGGUUUUGGCUCUAAGGCGAUGCCUGCUUGAAGUACCGGAAGUUCUGUCUUCUAUGUUAGAAGCACAGAAGAUGCAACACUGGCGGUUUUUCUUCCAGCGUUUGGUGACAGCAAUGAAAGACAUCAGCAAUUUGCUCUUGGGUGUGUUGCAGAGCAACCAAGCAUCAAGCACAGACCAAGAUGCUGCAUCACCUUCCUUUGCAGACAUGGGAAAUGCCAUCGGCAGCCUCAUCCGGCUAGGGAAAGGCUUGGGACCAGACAUGGAGGAUGCAGUCCUACUCUCAGAGGAACACAGCCUCAUCUUGACCUGUUGCUGGGUCUCGGUGAAAGAAAUUGGGCUACUCUUGGGAGGCCUUGCAGAGAAAGUUCUACCUCGGCCGCUACCUGCAGGAUGUGAGCCUCUGCUACCUCUUCAGGUUGUAAAUAUGGCUUCCAAAGCAUUCCAGGACAUCUUGCUGAAGUGCCGGCACUGGGGAGCAGUGGAAGGCUGUAGUAUGGGCUUCACCAAGUUUUGCACCACUUUGCUAAGUCACCCCAGCCCAGAGCUACAAAAUAUCCCAAGGAUGAUGCUAACACAGGGUUUGGCUUUGUUAAACAGCCCCAGGGGCAACUCCAUUACUCGCAGGGCAGCUGGCUUCCCAAUGCUCUUCCUAUGCAUUGUGGCUGGGGAAGACCCCGCCAAGUCACGGCCUCUUCUGGCUCACUGCAUUCAGACGUUGCUCGCCUUGGCCAACGAGCCUAUUUCCCACAGCUCAGACCAGACAGUGGAUUUGCCCCAGGUUUUGGCAGUCCACGUGCUUCAAACACUUGUCCGUGGUUCCAAUCUUGGACCAGCUCUGCAACCAUACAUCACCUCCCUGAUGACGUUGGUUCUCAAGGCCCUAAGCUCCUCUAGUUGGGCCAUGAGAAAUGCAGCCAACCAACUUUUUGGUGCCUUGACUGUUCGCCUGCUUGGGCAGAAGUGGAGCCGGGAUGAUGGCCGAGCCAAGGAUGGGGUAAGCCCCGAAGCUCUCUUUGGCCGAUACCCUCAUUUGAGAAGCAUCCUACUUGGAGAAUUGACCCUAGCUGUGGAAGUAUCCAUCUCUGAAGGACCCAGAAGGGGGAAGUUCCACCUCUGUCCUUCCCUGUAUGCUGCCCUCACUUUUCUGGCCAAGCUGCAGCCCAGCAGAGACACCCGGGACAGCACUCUGACCUGCUUCCUGGAACCCCUGAUCCAGCUGUCAGGAAACCCCAUUUAUGCAGUUCGGGUGAUAGCAGCCAAAGCCUUGGUGCCUUUCAUUCUUGCAACGGACUAUGGAAACAUCCUCAUGCAGUUGGCUUCCAGGUUCCCACAGCCAGAGACUGCUUUGUCCCAUAAUGCAUUGCACGGAUGUCUGUUGCAAAUCCAGGCGACGUUGAGUCAAGCUCUGAGCGUGGAUCAGCUGUCUCCUGACUCGCUGGACUCCUUUACCUGCAUGAUGGAAAAUCACAUCUGGUUGCUGAUGGGCACAAAACGGUGUCCUUUAAUCUGCGCAGUUUACCUUCAGGUUUUGUCCUUGCUGCUGGAAAACUGUUCCCCGAGUUUUGUGCAGCGAGUCCGGGAGCUGGUGUGCAGGGCUCUGGCCAGUCCCAAACCUGGUUUCUCUCCAAUCCAGCUUGGUUCUUCCAUAUUCUGCCAACGAGCUGUUAACUUCCUCUGCUACGAAGCAACAAGACAGGGAUCUCCUGAAAGACUGAGUGAACUUAGCUUGCUUCUGCAAAAGGGAAAUGUUGACAUGCAAGCUGCCAUUCUAACUUGGGUGUUGGACAACAAGGAAAGGAAAGGUUUGAAGCCCAGCAAGGAACUGCAGCUGGUGUUCAUGGAAAAAUUCAGGGAGAUCCUGAAAAGCACAGGAGACCCCACACUCCUGAAACUCUACUUGAACGUUUUUGUCUACCUGUUCGGCACUCCCCUUUCUCAGAGACAGCCUUUCCCAGGGAAAUCACUGGCUCUGGAGUGCAGUGAAGCCCUGUUCUCUAUGGUGGAAAGUGACCGUGAAAGCCCAGAGCUCCGAGAUCAUGCGCUCUGUGUCGCCACUUUGUUCCUGAUUCAGCGCCCCGGAGAUGAUCCUUUAUGGGAACGAUGGAUUGCAGUGAUAGGACAGUGGAGUUAUUCCCUUUCAGCCGAGGUGCUGAGAACAGCUGCAGCGAAAGCUCUGAAAAUGGGUGGCCCAGAUUGGAUUUGGAGAGUCCAGAAAUCAACCAGCUCACUCCUCCGUUCCCGGGUUCUGCGAGUGAUCGAGGCAGCGAUCUGCCUGCUCCAAGACGAAGACCAAGAGGUGCGUCAUGAAGCUGCUUCCUUCGCCAGCUGUUUGGUGCAGAUGCCACCCCCUGUCCAGCAGGUUCAGCCUCAGCACAGUUGCCUUUUGCUCCAGAGCACGAAGGCUCUGCUAAGCCUGCUGCAGUUCCUGCUGGAAACCUUUGGGGACCAUCCUUCAACAUUUGCAUCAUUGAUGCACCAUCUCCCCAUGAUGGAGCUCCAUGAAAUCUUGGAGCUGGAGACCCAGGGAGCCGUCAGUCUCUACCAGGAGGAUGAACCCAAUGUUUACGCCGAGCCAGCAAUCUUCUCCCAGAUGUUGCUACCCUUUCUACUCCAACUGGUUGGCAACACAUCCACCUCUCCAAAACUUUGGGAACCAAUACAAUCCUGGCUAGAAGCCAAUGGAGCUGGGAUCAUCUCCACCAUACAAUUCUGCAGGCAGUGGUGGAGCCAAGAGGACAGCCCUUGCCAGCAUCUUAAAGCUCUGUCCUGUCCUAAAGUACAUUCUGCUAUCACAACACUGUUGGUUAAGGCCGUCCUUGUGGUCCACAUCCUGGAGGUCCUGGAAACUGAGAACCAGCCCAACUGCAUCCAAGGAAUUAGUGUCUCAUCCCAGGAGCUGAGCUGCACCAUCCAGUCCUUACAGAAGCUGCUCCAUCAACGUGGAAUAGCUAUUACAGUCAAGAAGGAACAAUAGCAAGCAGGACUACAGGAAACUUGUUAAGCAUAAAGGACUUUUAAUAAAGCUUUAUUU